AUGGCCAACGUUCUCGAUGUAACCACAGCUCGCUCUCGCUUCCCUGCUCUCCAACAGGAGCAGGUGUAUAUGGAUAACGCUGGAGGCAGCCAAGUCCUCGAUACUGUAGCUGAUUCCAUCCGCUCCUACUUGCUAAACACAAACGUCCAGCUUGGGGCUACUUACAAAACAUCUCAAACUUCGACCAAUGCAUACUCAAACGCAUACAAUGUGGCCGCUGGGUUCAUCAAUGCUACGUCCGAGGAGAUCAGUAUCGGUGUCUCAACCACCCAACUGCUGCAUAAUCUCUCCACAGCCCUAAAGUUCCAGCCUGGCGAUGAAUUAGUCCUGUCCAAGCUGAACCAUGAGGCAAACACCGCCCCAUGGGUCCAAGUAGCUGAACGAUUGGGCUUAACUGUCAAGUGGUGGGCUGCUGCCGACCCAAAGAAUCCGAUCUGCGAUCCAAUCGAGUUGAGGUCCCUACUCUCCAACAAGACUAGACUUGUGGCAUGCCCUCAUGCUUCCAAUAUCACCGGAACUAUUAGCCCCAUUCGCGAUAUUGCAGAUGCUCUUCAUGCCUACCCUCGCGCCCUUCUGUGUGUGGAUGGAGUGGCCCUUGCGCCGCACCGUCAGGUUGACGUGAAAGCGUUGGACGUGGACUUCUAUGCAUUUUCGUGGUACAAGGUGUACGGACCACAUCUGGCGCAAUUAUAUGCCUCGUCACGCGUCCAUGAGCAGAUCCAGUCACUGGGUCAUUUCUUUAAGCCCACUCAUACUCUCGACCUGAAGCUCAAUCUGGCUUCGGCCAAUUAUGAACUCACUCAGAGCAUUCCCCAGGUUGUGGAGUACUUCGGCUCCGAUCCUAACUCAACCUGGGCCCAAAUGGCCCAGCACGAGGAGCGCUUGCAGAAGAUCCUGCUGCAGUUCUUGACUUCGGAUAACCGGGUGACCGUUAUCGGUGAGCCCUCGGCAAGCAAGGAGCUACGCGUGCCGGUUAUUAGUUUUGUCGUGCAGGGAUUUGGCAGCCAACGCAUUGUGGAGGAGGUUGAGCGUCGAUCGGCGUUUGGGUUCCGCAGUGGUCAUAUGUACAGCCACCGGCUGCUGGCCGACGUGUGUGGGUUGACCGAUGUGGAGGAUGGAGUGGUGCGGGUCAGUUUCCUGCAUUAUAACACCGAGACCGAGGUAUGUAGACUGGUAGAACUGCUACGAGAGGUGCUUGCAUCGCAGUAG